AUGACAACAUGCCUUCGCGAUGGCACUGCCAAGCCAAUAGUACGCACUGAUGGCACAGUAAAGUACCCUCUACCUCGUGCCCUCCUUACUACUCUUGAUUUUGCUGAACCUACAAGUUAUACUGAGGCAUCCAAGCAGCAGGUCUCCUUUCACAAUCAUGGACUUCAUAUCAGCCAAAUCAAGUAUGCAUAUGAUCUGCUUGUGAAGCUUGAUAUGUUGCUUAGUGAACCAGUCAGCACUCAAUUGUCUGCCAAGGCUGUCCUAACAGCCACCGAAGGAAACUCUCUUGCCAAUCUGACCUCAUUUCUAGAAAUUGUUGGCUCCCUCCAGUAUUUGACAAUCACUAGCCCUGACAUUGCAUUUGCAAUGAAUUCCAUUUCUCAGUUCAUGAGUCACCCCUACACACUGCAUUUGAUUGCUGCCAAACGUAUUCUUCACUACAUCAAAGGGACUCUUGCUCAUGGAUUGUUUUUCAGUCAACAACAUCAACCUGCUUAUCUUGCUGCCUAUUCAGAUGCUGAUUGGGCUGUUUUUCCUGAUACUCGCCGAUCAACCUCUGGCUAUCUUUAUUAUCUCGGCACUAACUUGAUCUCUUGGUGUUCCAAAAAGCAGCCUACCAUUACUUGUUCCAGCACUGAGUCUGAAUACCAGGCUCUUUCUCAUGCUAGUGCCGAGACCACUUGGUUAACCUUCCUACUUUAUGAACUGGGUUCUCACAUACAAUUUCUUAUUUAA